AUGAUUCAACUCGAGGUUGUCGGGCCAGGCACUUUGACGCCGGGCCUGAACAAGGACCCAGUAUACUGCGUUCAGUCCGAAAGUGUCGCUGAACUCGAGCUCGACCGGCCCCUCCUUGCUGCGUACCGUCUUUCCGUUAGGCACAACCCACUUCAGUUUAGGAAUGACUCGCGAGUCGCGGAGCGAGAGUACGAGUAUGCUGAUGUGGAUUGUGAGGCCGAGUCUGAAGGAGAAGUAGCGGCAGCCGAACCGCGGAUCGCUCAGUGCCGCUUUUGUCAUUUGCUGGAUGAGUUCGAGACUAACCAAGGGGCGUGCCUCGUAGCCCUCGAACAGGUCCCCUUCGUCUUUGAGGGUGGUGCGCACGAAGUCGAGGAUCUCGGCCGCGUUGUUCGAGGUACCGCCUUGGCAAUAUUCUCCUUGCCCCUCGACGCAAUGUUGUUCGCGAUGAGGGAUGCAAAUGCCUUCAACGUGGGUGCAGGCUGGGGCUGA